CCAGCACUAAAAUAGAGCACGCCACGACUGUAGAAUUACAAUUCCAACAUAUUCCAACUCAACAUAUCAAGUCAGUUACAUCCACUCAAGGAGUUCGAACAAGAUCGCAAGAUGGAGCUUGUUCGUUUCAUCCUUUGUUGCUGAUGGUGUCCCUGUCCCGCCAUUGGACACGGCAGAAAAGAUGAAAGUUGAACACGGCGAUGUCGACCUGGUUGACCCGGAUGGCCAUCAAAGCCAUGCAUCGAUUGAGUCUAUAGAAUCUGUCGAAAGCAGCCAACCGGUGUCAAACAGUGAGAGGUGGAUGACGAGCAGCGAUGCCGCGAUGUCAACGCCUGGUGCUGGAGAUCACUCUCCGGGAGCCUUUGCUGAGAUAGAGCCUUUGAUCAAGGAUGAAGCUGCCCAACAGUUACGGAUCAGUCAGAUGAGUGAUGGACAUCUUGCAAUGCUGAGAUGGGCCGGUCUCUUCGGACUAUCGUCAGGAUUGCUUUUCUUGAUUGCUACAGUGUACCAGGAAAUCAAGCACAAACAAGCCAAGUGUGCCACAGAUCUUGGAGAUUGGGAUUCUUGGUCCUCUUGCUCAACCACUUGUGAAGGACAUCAAGCCCGCAAUUCGUUGCACUUGAGAAGUAUUUGUAUUUAAUAUGUCCUUUUCAUUUUCACUUUCCCGAUCCGUUGUGGCAACCUACCAGAGCAUUUGCUUCUUAGUGAAAACGUUGGCUUCAGCAUGACGCGGCCCUUAUGUUGCAUUGGCCAAAAAGCUGCCAUAGUUUGCAGGUUCUAAAGCACUGCACUGAAAUCAGUCAAGGGACACGUUCGCACUCAAGCUGUGGGCAAGAGAUCCUUGAAUCUCAGCGCCGUCAUUGCGAUCCUUUGGUGCUGUGUCCCGAUGAAAGCUGCCGUGUGGGCCCUUGGAAAGCAUGGCAGGGAUGUGAUGAUGUGUGCGGCCCCGGGCCCACAGCAUCCAGAUAUCGUGACAUCACCCGUUCACCUGGACUGCUUGGCACAUGCCCACCAUUGGUGGAGUCCACUACAUGUGCUCGGACGGUGCCUUGUCCAAGCGAAUGCCAAAGACAUUUGGGCCCGUGGGCGGACUGGUCGGGAUGUUCUGCUAUGUGUGAUGUAGGACAUCGUUGGAGACUUCGAGAAUGGAAGAACGAAGCCGGGGAAUUCCUGCACGCCGAGUGCAAGGCCCACGCGGAAGACUUCGAGGACUGCGAGCCUGACGGAGGCAGCUGUGCUUGUCACAGGCCGCCUGAUGCCAAGCCCUGUCCAGUAGAGGAGCCGGCCGAAAGGCUAAGCAACAUGUCCACACAGACAGAGCGUUCACUCCAGCUUUUGUUGGGGCUGCAAGCGCCACACGAGCGGCGCCACCUACAUUUGCCAGACGCUGCCAUGCGUGAUCGUUUGCUUGGAGCACUGGAGGUGACUUCCUCAGGGCAGGUGGCGUUGGCUGAGCACCUGCCGAACUUUCGCUGUCGCGGCUGGACACUGGCAUCGGUGGCAUCAAACUCAUCCGACCAGCGAGUCAAAUCUGGAGGUGAACCCAAUCCCUUUUUGCAGCUCAAGGGCUUGACACGAUUCCCUGCAGAGGUGGCAUUUGAAGGAUACGCUGGGAGCAUUGACCGCUUGCAGCAAUGUCUAACCAGCUGGCUGGCCUUGCAACUGGGCGUGUCUCACAAUCAGGUGAAGCUGAGCUCCCACCCAGCUCGACCACAACACGGCUUGCUCCAUCUAGCACUGAGGGCCUCAGCGAGAUGUCCUCGGCCCUGCCCACAACCGCGACGGCACGCCAUAGAGCGGGCAACCAAGCGCUGUGUGCGCUCAGCACAGUUCACCGCAGGUGGAUUG